GAUGACCACAAAAUUAUGUGGGAACCAUUCGAAAUAUCAAGUACACAGUGUAGUGACUCUGACUCCGAAUAUGAAGAGUAUUCAUCCAACAGUAUCAACAGCGCAGAGGUUUCUUUAGUCACUCUUGAAUGGCCCGUUUCUGUUUCCUGAACAGUGAUGGAAUUAAAUGAGAUAGUGGUAUCAACAACUGUCGGUGAUUCUGUGUCGUCCUCAACUCCUUUAUCAACCUGCAGUGUUCAUGAGGUCGCUGUGGUCAUUUGUUACUUUGUCCUGGCCCUGGCAAGUGGAAUUUAUAGUUCUACAUCUGGUUUUGUGCUGAAUCAGAAGAAUGUCAUACUACCGAAUUAUGAUGAGACAGAAGCUGCACGCUUAUUGCCAAGAGACAGAAAUACUGUGGCUCGGCUUGGUAAUGUGGUGGAAUCUGAGCUGGAGUCACAGCAGCAAAUCAGUCAUUCACAACGAACUUCAAAUUUUGCUACCUUAAUGCAUUUGCUAAAGGGAAACAUUGGCACUGGAAUUUUAGCUAUGCCAAAUGCUGUGUCAAAUGCUGGCCUUCUGGUGGGCAGUGUAGGCAUUCCUAUUUUAGGUGUUAUUUGUGUCCAUUGUAUGCAUUUGUUAGUCAUUAGCAGUAAAACACUAGCAAGAAAGAUUGGAUGCACAUCUCUUGAUUAUUCGGGCACAGCAGAACAAGCAUUCCGUUUAGGACCAGCACGGGUACAGAAAUAUGCUAUGGUUGCAAGACAAGCAGUGAAUACUAUGCUCAUGCUCACACAAUUUGGCUUCUGUUGUGUUUAUUUCCUGUUUGUAUCAAAGAGUUUAUAUGAGGUGUGCAAAAACCUAAUUGGGUAUUCUCCUAUUGGGCCUAAAGCUUACAUGGGCAUACUUUUGCCAUUCAUGAUUCUUUUUAAUUUCAUUCGUAAUCUCAAGAAGUUAUCGCCUGCAUCUGCAUUGGCUAAUGUGUUACAGAGUGUUGGUCUUAUAAUGGUAUUGUACUACUUAUUACAAGGCCAUCAGAGCACAAAUCUGGAUGUGUACACAUCUUCCCUUUCAAAGCUGCCUCUUUAUUUUGGAACAGCCAUGUAUGCAUUUGAAGGAAUUGGUGUGGUUCUUCCUUUGGAAAAUGCAAUGGCUACUCCUGAGGAUUUUGGUGGAUUAAAUGGUGUGUUGAAUACAGGUAUGGUGGUAGUUGCCUGCUUAUAUACAGGAGUUGGUUUUUAUGGGUAUUUAAAGUAUGGGAAUGAUGUCAAGUCAAGUAUCACAUUUAAUCUGCCUCAGAAUGCUGUAAGUGAAGUGAUUCGAUUGAUGUUUGCUCUAGCCAUAUUCCUAUCAUAUGCCCUGCAACUGUAUGUGCCUCUGUCUAUUAUCUGGCCAUUCCUGAAGAGAAAAUUUGAUAUAGAAAGAUUUUCAGAAAAGGACCAACUUCUCAUGGAGCUUUUACUUCGGACUGUGCUUGUUAUCAUUACUUUUAUGGUGGCAAUUUCAAUACCACUGCUUGAUUUAUUCAUAUCUUUGGUUGGUGCACUUGCCAGUAGUUCUUUGGCUCUGAUAUUCCCUCCUAUCAUUGAACUCUGCUGUGUUUGGAAUACUAAUAUAAGUCGAAGAAAAUUAUGUCUCAUCACAAUUAAGAAUUUCCUGAUUGCAUGUUUUGGAUGUAUUGGCUGUGUGAUAGGUACAUAUACUGCAGUCUCUGAGAUUAUAUUUUGUUUACAAAAUCCAGAGGAUGCAAAAUGUGCUUCAUAAUGUGUAAUAUUCAGGGCAGCUUAUAUGUUAUGCAUGGAAGUGAAUUGUGUUCCAUCAGAGAAAAUGUGACGUGUUUGAAACGACUGUAAAUUAACAGAAUUUAGGGCACAAGAUAGCUAUUUCAUUUCAAAUUUUAUAUAAUGGAUAAAUGUAGGAUUUUACAAUUUUACAACGAACAUAUUUUGUAAUAUUCUAACAUGACCAUUUUAGGCUUUCUAUUAAUGGGAUUCAUAGUAGUUUUAUUUUUCAUGGUAGUUUUGUAAAAAAGUAUUAUGUUGCUUUAAUUUGAAACUCUUAAGUUGGAAGUUACAUUUUGUGUUUUUAUUCAUUAGUUAAAUAUUAUAUUUUUCAAGAUUCAAUAAUUAAUGUAAUUUAGAAUAUUUGUAAAAAAAAAAAAAAAAAAAAAAAAAAAAAAAACAUACUCUUUUUAUCGUACACCAUCAUUUACAUAAACCUACAGCUAUAUGGAGGUGUUUUAGCAUCUUCAGCUUUGGGUAUAUAGGUGCUGUUCUCUUCCAUGUGAUGUCUUUGUGUUUAAUCAUUCAUAUCUUGUAUAUAAAGUAAAGAUUACCUGUAUAUAAUUUGUGAUAUGAGCAGAUGCAAAAGUGAAUGAAAUAUAGCUUAAAGAAAGAAUCAAAUACUUUACUCUUUUGAAAUUACAGAAACUUAACAAUAAUUAUUUAAUAGAAUUAUUCAGCCUAAUAUACAGUUUAAAAACAUCUAAGGUAAUAUGAAAAAA